AUGGGAAUGACCGGAUCGGGAAAAACAACAUUCGUCUCAAGUCUGACCGGUCAUGGACGGGAUGAGGUGGAAAUUGGGCACAGUCUCACUUCUCAAACUAUCCACGCCACGCAAUAUACAGCAACCGACAGAAAUGGGCGCAGGGUCCGCGUCGUCGACACUCCCGGGUUUGGAGACACCACCCGGUCAGAUGCAGAAAUUCUGAACGAGAUCGCCAAUCAUCUCACCACAUCUUACACCAACGGCGAGCGUCUACUCGGCAUCAUCUUCCUCCAGCGCAUCACCGACGUCCGACUCUCACAUUCCGCCAUCCGAAGCUUUCACAUUCUCCAGAGACUUGUUGGUCCCGCCAACUAUGGGUGCGUCAUGUUAGCGACAACCAUGUGGAGCAACACCGCCUUUAUGGGGGGUGGUUUCCCGAGUGCGGUCAAGCGGCAGAAGCAACUUCAGGGGUACUGGGAUGAUCUGUUCGACAGGAAGAGCCGGGUCGUCCGCCAUCACAACACCGCGGAGUCUGCUUGGGAGAUACUCGAAAUGCUUAGGGCAGUUUCUCACAAUGAAGGCAAUGUUAAGCUCAAAAUACAGAGCGAGAUGGUGGAUGAUGGAUUGGGUCUGGGUCAAACUUGGGCAGGCCGGUAUCUCCAGGAGGAGGGUGUGCGAGACGUUGUGCUUUCGGCAAAGGAACUUCAACCUACAAAGGAUUUGGGGCGUGAUACUAGGAUAUAUGCCAUUGAUCGUCAGGCUGUGGAAGAAAUAUUAUAA